AAAAGGACAAAUAGACGCGACAUGUCACGGACACGUGAACAGAAUAACGGUCUCUCCGACUCACACACCUUUCGAGACCGCCAUUCCCAGUCCGAUCUACAGGAUAUAAUGUCUCGUUUUUGAGCCCCAACUACAAUGUCUCCUUCCUCACCUUCCUUCUCGACUGCCAGCAGCCAUACAGCUGAGAGUACCAGCGAGAAAGCGUGUGUAGGCAGUUCGACAUGGACAUCGAUACUGUGUCUAACGUUCAAGGGUGCAUCAGCCAUACCACGCUAUUCUUGUCCUCGAGGUCGAAACCGGUCUCUAUACCCGACAACGAGCAUACUACGUCUGGUAUUUUCCCACCGUCCCUUAUUCAAACAGAGAACUCACGGAGACAUCAAUCGCCUUCCUUGCGGAGAGUGUUCUCUUCCUGUCGGCCGUGCUCGUUUUACAUCUGACCACGCCAAUUCUGACCGCCAUUGGCACCGGCUGACGACGAACACCGAGGGUGGCAUCCUUCAUGAGUGCAGAUAAAACUAUUUCCGGAUGAUCGCAAAGAGAGUCGAAGAAUAUUGCGUUCCCGAAGAUUAGGACGUUGCUCUAUGAGCUGUUAUCCCCUGCUACGCACUCGUCUACUUGACAAUAUUUUUGCCAAAGCAUGUGGGAGGACAAAACAGG